AUGUCGGCUUUGAAUCACAAGAGGAAAAGAGCCGAAGAAACGAGCUCUGGCAGUAGCUUGUCGCUGCUGCAGAGUGGUGAAGAAAUGGCUUUUCCAAGAGGUGGAGCCUCGGCUUUGACGCCUUUGGAACUGAAACAAGUUGCAAACGAAGCGGCAAGCGACGUUCUAUUUAGGAACGACAAUGGGACGCCCAAAACCGGAAAACAAGGUUCCGUCAAAAGAAAGAAAACGAACAAAACGGAGAAAGCGGCGUCUUCGAAGACACAAGACGAUGAUGACGAAAUCGAGUUGGAACCCUUUGUAGAACAUCUGUCCUUCAAGAACAUCCUCGUGGGCACACUGUUGUUGGGUCAAAUUACGCAUAUUAACAAGCAUGAGCUAUGCGUUACGUUCACGGACAACCUCUCCGGAUACGUAUCUUUGACCCACAUUUCCGAGCCCAUGACCGGUCAUCUGGAAAGUCUGGACAGCAGUAUGAGCGACGAAAGCGAAGAUGGUGAAAGUUCCGAUGCGGACUACGAUUCCGAUGAGGACAAAGCCAAGAAUCAUGCUUACAAGAGUUCAAAGGAUCUCCCAGAUCUUCACAGCUAUUUCAAAGAAGGACAAUGGUUGAGAUGCGUGGUACAACACAACUCGGCUCUAGAUCGAAAGCAAAAGGGCAAGAGAAUUGAACUUUCCAUCGAACCGGGACUCGUAAACCGUUUCACAGAGGAAGACAUGAAGAAAGGCUGUAGCAUCCAGUGCGCGGUGAAAUCAUUGGAAGAUCAUGGUGCGAUUUUAGACGUUGGUGUGGAGGGAGUUACCGGGUUUAUUUCUAAAAAGGAUGCCGAAAGCUUAGGUGAGUUAAUUCCAGGUGCCGUCUUUCUCGGGAAUGUUUCAAAGGAGACUGGUCGCACCGUGAACGUGAACUUGAAUUUCAGUAAUACCAGAAAGCAUGCUAUAUCUCAAAUUUCGUCGAUUGACGCUAUUGUUCCGGGGCAAUGUGUCGAUUUCUUGUGCCAGAAAGAAAUCACUCAUGGAGUAUACGGUAAAGUGUUUGGUCUGGUAACUGCUUUUUUGAACACUUCGCACCAGCAUGAUGCCUUUAGUGGUAAGAGCCAUGCCAUCGGUACUUGCCUGAAAGUACGUAUCUUGGCCACGGUCAAAACAUCGAAGGGCAAUACGGCAGUAAUCGUAUCGCAAUUGGAUCACAUCAUGGGACUAGAAAAGCAAGUGAAUGGUUUAGAAGCAUUUCCCAGAGGUUUCAAGAUUGAUGCCUGUGAAUUCAAAGGUCGCGAUUCACAAUUUUUCUACCUUGCUAUCGAUGACGAUCAUAUGGGUCAAGUUCACAUAUCUCGCAUAGGCUCCGAAGAACCAUCAGGUUCGGUGGAGGCAAGAGUAUUGGGUUUUAAUGAGGUGGAUGGUUUUUACCAACUUUCUACAGACCCCAAGACGCUGAAAAUGAAAUAUCUUCAUGCUUGCGACAUCCCGGUAGGAGAAGUUCUUACAGGUUGCGAGAUUACAGCCGUCUCCGAAAAGGGAAUUGAUCUCAACGUGACCGACGGAAAUUUCAAGGCGGUCGUUGCUCCACUCCACAUUUCGGACGUGAGACUCGUAUAUCCAGAGAGGAAAUUUAAAAUAGGUUCCAAGGUCAAGGGUAUCGUGCUGAACACAGACAAUCGCGGACGUAUAACUAUGUCGUUGAAGAAGUCGCUUGUGAACCUUGACAGAGAAGAGGUUCAUCUAGCUUCGGACUUCAAAGAAAUCUCGGAAAUAGCGACCGUUGAUGGGAAGCUGGCAGGAACCGUUGAGUCCUUUAAAACCAAUGGUUGUCUUGUGUCUUUCUUGGGAGGUCUAAGAGGCUUUUUGCCUAACGGGGAGAUUUCUGAGUCGUUUGUCAAAAGGCCUCAGGAUCAUUUGAGGCUCGGACAGACUGUCAUGCUUAAGGUGUUGGAACAUAAAAAGGAAUCGAAUAGAAUAAUAGUGACGUGUAAAGUCUCAAGUGAAGCCGCUGCUCAGGAAAAAGAGGCUAUCGAUAAAAUGGUUCCCGGAAAAUCUGUCGUGAGCGUCAUUGCUGUCGAGAAAACUAAGGACUCCGUCGUUGUGGAAUUGAAGGACGUCGGUCCCCGUGGUGUCAUAUAUGUUGGUCAUCUUUCGGACUCCCGAAUUGAACAAAACAGAGCCCAGUUGAAGAAACUUAAAAUUGGCUCCGAAUUACAAGGUGUUGUCAUAGACAAAGACGCCCGAACUCGGGUUUUCAAUUUAUCCUGCAAGAAGAGUUUAAUAAAAGAUGCUCUAAAGGGGAUUUUACCAUCGUCAUAUGAAGACAUCAAAGCAAAAGAUCCUCGUACAGUGAUGCACGGUUAUGUCAAGUCUAUCUCCGAUAAAGGAGUUUUCGUUGCCUUCAACGGAAACUUUGUUGGCCUCGUUUUACCAAGCUAUGCGGUCGAUAGUAGAGAUGUGGAUAUUCAAAGGAAAUUCUACGUCAAUCAGUCGGUCGACGUCUACUUGCUAAGAACUGACGAUGAACAUGAGAGAUUUUUGCUAUCUAUGAAGAAACCCAAGGAUGACUCAGAGAAACUUUCUUUUCAAAACCGCGAGCAGGCUGUAAACCCUAUUGAUGCUUCGAUCAAGAGCUUAGAUGACUUCACAGUCGGUAAAAUUACCAGAGCUAAGAUCAAGGCUGUUAAACGCAGUCAACUUAAUGUCAUCCUUUCUGACAAUAUGCAUGGCCGUCUCGACGUGUCCGAGGUUUAUGACAGUUUUGAUGAAAUAAAAGACCGCAAAAACCCUCUGGCCACUUUUAAGAAGGAUGAUGUGAUAGAUGUUAGAAUUAUCGGAUACCACGAUAUCAAGAAUCACACUUUCUUACCUGUUUCUCAUAAAUCUUCCAAGAGUACAUUAGUCGAACUCACAGCGCGGAAGUCCCGUAUGGAAGGUGCCGACUCGCUUACAGUUGGACAAAUUAAGAUUGGCGAUACUCUCGUGGCGUUUGUAAACAAUUUUUCCAAAGAGCGUUUGUGGUUAACGAUCUCACCAACAAUCAAGGCAAGCAUGUCCCUUUUCGAUUUGGGCGACGAAGGCGUGCUGCAAAACGCAUCCUUGGGGGAAAACUAUCCCGUGGGCACUGCGCUUCUGGUGAGAGUGACAAGCAUUGACAGCGACCGUAAUACUUUGGCGGUUACUGGAAGGUCUCAUUUGAUCGAAGGCAUCGAAGAUGUCGAGCUCAAUAAAAAAAUUCCUGCCAAGGUUUUGAAGGUGGCGGACAAUUACGUUCUUGUGGACCUAGGAAAUGAUGUCAAGGCUGUCUCUUUUAUCACAGAUGCUCUUGACGACUACUCGAAAAGCCUUUCAGACGUCUAUGGCAAUAAGCGUGGAUAUAUUAUCAAUGCUCUCGUCACCUCCAUUAAUAAUGAAGAAUCAAAAAUCAAUGUGAGCUUGAGAUCUGAAUCCGCCCAGGACGGAAACGUUCAGUCGAGUAACGAUUUGCAACAAGGAGAUGUCGUUCGCGGUUUCGUUAAAAAGGUCACCGAGAAAGGUGUAUUCGUCUAUCUAAGCAGCACUGUUCAGGCAUUUGUUCCAGUCAGUAAAUUGUCUGAUUCGUAUCUAAAAAACUGGAAGAAGUUCUUCAAAAGCGCUCAACCCGUCAUUGGUAAGAUAGUCAGUUGCGACAGCGAUUCCAAAGUCCUUAUGACCUUAAGAGAGUCUGAGGUGAAUGGUGAUCUCAAGAUCCUCAAGGGAUAUGGAGACGUCAGUGUGGGAGACAUCUUCGAAGGUUCUGUGAAAAAUGUUACUGACUUCGGAGUCUUUAUCAAGCUGGACAACACUUCCAAUCUAACUGGUUUGGCUCACCGUUCUCAGAUUGCUGAUUCACAACCAGCCGAUUUAACGUCACUUUUCGGAGACGGUGACAGAGUAAAAGCUAUCGUUCUUAAAGUGAACCCUGAGAAGAAGCAACUCUCGCUUGGUUUGAAAGCUUCUUAUUUCAAGGUACAGGACAGGGAUGAAGAACCAGAAGAACACGUUGAUCAGCUUUCUGAAGAUCCUAAAGCGGUUGCGGAGAAUGCUCAUGAGGAUGAAGAUGUGAUGGACGUUGAUGGUCCACAAGAAGAUGAACAAAGCGAUGCCGAAGAUGACGAGGUCUCUACAAAAUUAGAGAAAAAGGCGCCAGUGAGCUCCGAUGGUCUCAGUUUAAGCGCAGGAUUUGAUUGGACAGCAAGCAUUUUGGAUCAAGCUCAAGGGUCUUCAGAAUCUUCCGAAGAAGAAGACUUCUUGUCUAAUAAGAGAACAAGAAAUAGAAAACAACAGAAAAAGGUUCAAGUCGAAGACAGAACCAUAGACAUUAACACAAAAACACCAGAAUCUGUCGCAGACUUUGAACGCCUUUUGAUGGGGACCCCCAACUCAUCUGUUGCAUGGAUGAACUAUAUCGCAUUCCAACUGCAAUUGGGAGAGAUCGAUAAGGCUCGUGAAAUCGCUGACCGCGCUUUGAAGACAAUCAACUAUCGUGAAGAAGCGGAAAAACUGAACAUUUGGAUUGCUAUGCUGAACUUGGAAAAUACCUUUGGUACCGAUGGCACUCUCGAGGAAGUCUUCAGAAAAUCCUGUCAAUUCAUGGAUUCCUUCACCAUGCACAUGAAACUAAUCGGCAUCUAUCAGGCCAGCGAUAAAAUUGAAAGUGCGUUGGAUCUAUUCCGCACUACCUCCAAGAAAUUUGGUUCUGAGAAAGUGUCUUUAUGGGUUGCAUGGGCUUCGCUUUUGUUAUCACAAAACAGACAGGAUGAUGCACACGAAGUUUUAGCCAAUGCCAUGAGAACUUUGCACAAGAGGGAACACAUUGAGGUUGUUCGCAAAUUUGCUCAGCUCGAGUUCUCUGAAGGUGAUCCUGAACAGGGCCGUUCUUUGUUCGAAGGACUUUUGGCAGACGCUCCUAAGCGCAUUGAUCUUUGGAACGUUUACAUUGACCAGGAAGUCAAAUUCGGUGAUAAGAAAAAGGUGGAAGACUUGUUCGAGCGUGUCAUUACUAAAAAACUGACUCGUAAACAGGCCAAGUUCUUUUUUCAAAAAUGGCUUCAAUAUGAGGAAUCUUCAGAUGAUUUCAAGACUGCUGAUUAUGUCAAGUCUAAGGCUACCGAAUAUGUCGAAGGAACUCAAAAAUCCUCUGAUGCCGCUUAA